AUGGAAAAAUUGGUUACACGGGGGCCAGCAUCUGGAAACUGGAGAGACCGUCGUCAUCCGCAAGCCGACUUGGGCAAUAGGUAUGCGAAGAAGUCUGUCGUUGAAGUUGUACCUGAAAGAGAGCACAGUGAGGCCAAGGUGCAAAAGCCCAGGAAAUCGAGCCAGGAGGCGAGGGGUGACAAGGACGCUGAUAUAGUAGUGGUCGAUGCGAGCGUAUUGGUACACGCCCUCCACCAGGUGAAGAAAUGGUGCAGAGAUGGACGUGAUGAAAUCGUUAUUGUACCCCUUGAAGCCUUGAAUACUCUUGAUUUACUCAAGAAGGGAACAAGUCCUCUCGCCCAGCGCGCGCGGUCAGCUUCACGAAUUUUAGAGGCUCAAGUUGGCACAAAUCCUCGUAUCCGUGUCCAGCGGGAUGAUGCCUUCAUUCCGUGUGACCGCAUCGAGUUCAAGGACUUGUCACUCGGUGAUGCUAAGGACAAGGCUACGUUACAGUCGCUGCACCUCUCUGGUUCUCCAGAGUGGGUUCGGCGCAUGAUUUUCGUUCUUACUGUCCUUUCCCCUUCUACUGCUCCAGCUCAGGUCUGUCGAACCGAGGCAAUGCCCGAAGUAUCAUCUCCAGUACCCCUUCCAGCUCCGAAUCCACACACUCACAAGUAUGAGCCUCGUUCAGCUGGCCUGUUGAUUGGACACUGGGCUACCCGGGCUGGUAUCACUCUUUUAGAAGUGGAACCUUCCGCAGCGCCACUUAUUCCCCCUUCAUCGAACCACCCUCGUAAUCUUGAUGAUGACGACAGAGGAAAACGACAGGCCGGUCGAGGUAGACGUAGUUCCCAUACCGCUCAGGGGGGUCUUCCUGUCGCUCGAGGCACCGGGCUAGUGGAACGCCCUGCUGCCCCUAGCAAGGUCGUCCGCAUUCUUGCUCGAGGCGAGAAACUAGAACCAGACCCAUAA